UAAUAACACUGGUAAUAAAUUUUAAAAUUGUUACGUCAAUUAAUUUAAAAAAAAACUUACUCAUAAAAAUUAUUGUAAUUUGAAAUUUUUAAUUUCUAUACAAAUAAUGUGUAAAACUUAAAUUUAUUUACAAAUGAUCUAUUGUGAAAUGAAUAAUUCAUUAAUUAAGUUUGUCCAGUUGUACCGUCUCGUGUAAUUUAUAAAAUAAUUGGAACAAACAUUUCAAAUCCAAUAAUUUCAGUUUAAAUAAAUUAUAUUCAGUUUUUUAGUGAAAAUGAAUUCAUUUGCAAUUACAUUACUUGUGGUCGUUGGAGUUAUUAAAGGCGAUGAUAAGCUAUCUAUUGAAGUAGUUAAUAAAGCAUCUGUAUCCUUGAAAAACUGUUUGGAAGAAAAAUUGUCAAAUAUAUAUAACACAAAUUUAAUUGAGGAUGUAUUUAACAAUACGUUUAGCGAAAUAUUUGAAAAUAUCGUCGAUAGCCAUUACAGUUUCACUUUGUAUUUUGAUUCGAAUCUAAACGAAAAUGUAGAUUACAUGAUUGGCCUUUUUUGGUGUGGUAAAUUAAUGCAACUUAGGAUAAUAGAAGGCGGCGAAUAUUGUGCUUGUCGAUCGACAUUGUUGGAAUGUAGCAAAAGAGUAAAACAAAUAAUACCAAAGUCGCCUAAGGUAAACGUAAUAGAAUUAAGUGAUGAAGAGGUCGAAAAUAUCAUUCAAUCGAAUCUUAUUGAGGACUAUGUGAAUGCUGAUGACGGUGAGGAUUGUGAUGAUAAGGAUAAUGAUUGACGACUAUAAAUUUAAUCUGAUGAUAUUUUUAUCAACAUAUUUCUAAUGUUAUUUUUUCAGUUUUUUUUUUAAAUAAAAAAAUUAAUUUUUAAUAUAACUCUGUGAUCUUACUUUAUGUUUAUUUAUUUUAUCACAUGUACUCACUAACACAACAAUGACGAAUAAAUAAACACAAGCAACGCUGGCGAUGCGUUAAGAAACGCAAACAUUAAAGUUUGUUAAGUAAAAUAAAAUCGCUCUUUUUUUAUUUACUAUCUGUUUGACAAAAAGACAUCACUAGUAAGUUUAGUAUCCUUAGUAUAGCAUCGAUGGAGACAUCAACGAUGUCGGACAACUGCUCUCGAUUCACUUGUUUAAAUUAACUAUUACGACUUAAUUGUCGCCAACGCUUGCUUUUUAAAUACUAUUAACAUA